AUGUUUUCAUUCUUCCGCCGGGGUUCUCCCCAAACCCCCGAAACCCCAUCUGACCAAGCAAUCUCACAACAAACAACAACACAAAUUAGCCAAUCCCAACCACAAUCCCACAACCGAAGACCAGAGUCCGAACCCGAACUAAAAUUUAUCAACCCCCAGACGAAAUACAAGCUUCUCCUGGGCGGCCUCACAUUCUUCGCCUUCUCGCUAUGGACCACCCGCCGCGCCUUAAACAGACGCUAUCUCGCCUCCGUCCCACCUUUCUAUACAUCUUCCCUCUAUCACAAGCCCGGCGUCAGCGGCGGCGCGGAAGCCUUUGAGGCGCUGAAUCUGGCGACGUUGAAUGUGCUUUCCCUAGGCAUGGCGGGCACUGGGGGUAUUCUGUGUGCACUGGAUAUUAAUGGGGUCGAUGAUAUGAGAAGAUUUGUGAGGAGGGGUUUCUAUAGUGACGGUGGAGAUGUAACGAAGGUGGACAAGGAGCUGGAAGAUGAGGUUGAGGCUUGGGUGGGGAAUGUGCUGGGGGAGAAGUUUGGGAUGGAGUUGAAGAAGGAAAAGGAGAAGGAGAGGAAUGAGAAUAAGGCCUGA